UUUAGUGCAGAGUAGUACUACAAUACUACAACAGAAAUACCAUCAUCAAGACCGUUUUCGGAAAAAAAGAAACAAACUAGUAUUACCUUCAAUUAUCAACAUGGGAAAAGAACAAUAUUUUAUGAUCAUAACCCUUGUAGUGGGAAUUAUAAAUGCUCUUCCUAAAGAUAAUAUUGUGUUUAUUGAUUUACUUAAAACACCAAGUAUAUCAUAUGCUGACCAAUCAAAUUUGGCAUCUAAAUUGCCAUCAGAAGAUACAUGUGGUCAAAGAAAGAUACCAAGCCUUCGAAUAAUUGGAGGAAGUGACUCAAAAUUAGGUGCUUGGCCGUGGAUGGUAGCUCUCGGAUAUAAGAAUGUAAAAAAUACCAAUAGUUCUAUCGAGUGGCUAUGUGGUGGUACAUUAAUUUCUAACAAACACGUCUUAACUGCUUCCACGUGUGUGAACAAUACAGGGAGUAAAAUAUUGGCAGUGGCACGCUUAGGUGACUUGGAUUUGGAUCCCAAAAUCGAUGAUGGGGCUACCCCAUUAGAUGUUCCGAUUGAACGUAUUAUACAACAUAAAGAAUAUAAUAAACGUACUUUAACCGACGACAUUGCAUUACUGGUAUUGAAAAAUAAUAUCGAUUUUACUGAAUUAAUCCAACCAAUAUGUUUACCACUAUCGCCAGAUAUGAAAAACAUUGAUAUGGGAAAUAAUUUGCCGUUUAUUGCCGGAUGGGGAACUACUGAAUUCAGAGGUAAAAGUUAUUCAUCUUUAAAAGAAGUUCGAAUUCCAGUUAUAAGCCCCGCGGAAUGUUCAACAAUAUAUGGAAAUGAAAAAAUUUUAAUCGAUGACAGAGUAUUAUGCGCUGGAGAAACAGGAAAAGACUCGUGUCAGGGUGAUUCCGGAAGUCCAUUAAUGUGGUUUAAAAAAAAACAAUUUUAUUUGAUGGGCAUUGUUUCUUAUGGUAAACUAUGUGGAGUUGAUCCGGGCGUAUAUACCAAAAUUACUUCUUUUACUGAUUGGAUUUUAGAGAAUUUAUGUGAUCUAUAUCGUUUGUGUAUUCGUUUUCUCGUUCUUGAUAAUAUGUCGAAACAGGCUAUUGUAUGGUGUUUGAUUUUCGCGUACACCGCCAAUUCACAAUUCUCGAACCGAAAAGACGAUGAGCUGUGCAAAGUGAUAACAAAAACUAACGACGAUUAUACGUGUAAGCCAAUCAAUCAAUGUCCAGUAGCUCUUCGCGCUGCUGAAGACCUUUCGGUGUAUCCAAAGAUAUGCAGGUUCCGUGGACAAACACCAAUCGUAUGCUGUCAGACUUCACAAGAAAUCCUCAGUAGAAAUUCCACCGAAAUGUGCAGAGAAUAUUAUUCGUUGACUACGAAGGGUGGUGGAAUUAUCGACUCCGGUAGUUGUCGAACGAAAAAUAUGAUCAGCAAAAAUCUUCUUACCAUCGUCGGCGGGGACAAAGCCGAGGAAAUGGAAUUUCCUCAUAUGGUUCUUUUAGGAUUUGGAGAGAAAAUUAAGAAUGUCGAAUGGGCCUGCGGUGGAUCAUUGAUUAGCGAUCGUUAUGUGCUUUCAGCAGCACACUGUUCUGAAAUUGGAAAAAAAAGUCCAGUUAAAUGGGCCUUGCUGGGUGACAACAACAUAGGUUCAAAUGAAGGUGCUGCAGACCCUCAGGUUCGCGAAAUCGACCAACGCAUCUUGCAUCCAGAUUACAAACCUCCGUCAAUGUACAACGAUAUCGGUCUGUUCCGGUUAAGCACACCGGUUAAAUUCAAUCAAUUUAUCUUACCGAUAUGCAUAAACUCCGAAAAGCAAUUGACUGUUAAACAAGCAAUCGCCAUUGGUUGGGGAAGAACUAGUUCAGCUGGUCAAACAAGUAAUUUAUUGAUGAAAGUAUCAUUAGAUUUAGUGGAACAAAAUGAAUGCAAUCGUAGCUAUUCGUCUUCCAGGAGUCCAAACUUAAAAUUUGGAAUAAAUCCUAACAAUCAAAUUUGUGCCGGAAAAAUGGAAGGUGGCAAGGACACGUGUCAAGGCGAUUCAGGUGGACCAUUACAGAUCGUACAUCCUGAAUUUGAGUGUAUGUACACGCAAGUGGGUAUUACGUCGUUCGGGAAACUGUGUGGUGAACCAAAUGUGCCUGGCGUCUACACGAAGGUGUCCAAUUACGUGUCUUGGAUCGAUAGCGUCGUUUGGUCGAACUCUCCAUGAAUAUUGCGAUUACAGCCAUUUAAAAUGAUGAUUAUACAGCAAAAGAAUUUUCUUUCAGCACAUAUUAUUAUUAUAGUGCGUGGUAAAUGUAAUACCAAUUUAUAUGUUAUGUCAUAUAAUUAUGUGCACACCUACCUAUAAUAAUUAUCCUUUAUACAACAUUAGGUACCUAGUAGAUAUUAUUGGUAACAACUUAUAAGUAUAUUAAUGUAUACUACACGUCUACCUA